UAUAAUCUUUACAAAUAUCUAUCGAUACAAAACUGACUUUACUGAUUUGUAAUACCGGUCGAUUGAUGCAGCUGAUCAGCAAGUCGAUAAACCUCAAAAAUUGUUCCGAAAUGUAACAGCGGAGUAUCUUCGUCAAAGUUAUGUUAGAUUUAUCUACAUGGUUAUCGCACGUGUAGAACACCGCAAAGACCAAAUGAAUUACAAUUAGUUAUAAUGCGAAAUACAUUCGCGGCUAAAUUGCUUGUGCACAGAAUUCACCUAAUUUCACCAAUCCUUACGUCGUAUCGCAGUAAGCACUUUCAGGCGAAACAGAUACUAAAGAUGAACGAGGCAUUUCUCCGUUACGAUAAAGGCAACGAUACAUUUGACAUCUCAUUUCGCUAUGUGGACGAGAUGACGAACAUCGAUCGUCAGUUCAACUUUUCCAGACAAAUUAUGGAAAGUGUGAACAAUUUCCUCAAUAGAGUCGAAACCAACGUUUGCAAGAUUGUAAAUAAAAAAAUAGAAAGGAAAAAGAAGAAAAAUGCUGCUUGUGAGGUACUUAAUUUGACAAAAGACAAUGUGAAUACUGGAAAGAUUAUGCUUCUCAAAAAUGAUGUCAAAGUGGAUGGUGAUACAUUGUGUGAAAGCCUUUUGCAGGAUUCUGCAGAACUAAAACUGGUCAUUUUUGAAAAGACCUUCUUAGUAAAACGAAAUGCACCUUAUAUCACCAAAAUUUUGUUACCAUCAUGCAUAUUGGCAGGUUUUCCGACUUAUCCAUCCAAAUUUGAAUCACUAUAUACUGACACGAAGCGAUCGAUAUUUGACUGGUACAGAAACGAUUCUCUUAACAAACCAAAUUCGUGGACACAUGUAGGUAAUGGAUAUCUAUAUGUACCCAGCGUGACUGAUAUUGGUCAUCAUUUGAAAAUUAGCUGUGAACCUCGGAAUGAGUCAGAUUCAGGUUCUAGGAUGGAAAUACAGUCAAAAAAUGUCGUGGAAGCCGGUCCUGGAGAAUGUCCUUUCGAUAUUCGACAUCAGUUUACAAAACAUAAAUUAUUGGAUAGGAGUUUCAGAGUAAUAAGUUAUAAUAUACUGGCAGAUACAUAUGCCGAUUCUGAUUUUUCUAAAGAUGUAUUAUUCCCAUACUGUCCACAGUAUGCGUUAGAUAUGGAUUACAGAAAACAGUUGAUACUUAAAGAAAUAAUAGGUUUUAAUAGUGAUAUAAUUUGCUUGCAAGAGGUAGAUAAAAAUAUAUUCGAAUAUGAUUUAUUGCCUUCUUUGUACAUGUUGAAUUACAACGGUGUGUUCGUUACAAAGAAUGAAGUUAAUGAAGGACUCGCCACAUUUUUCAAUCAAGAUAGAUUCGAACAAUUAGGAUUUGAACGCAGCAUAAUAGCUCAAAAUGUUGAUUUACCUAAAUUUGCUGCCAUCUGGUCUAAAAUCGACAAUGACAAAAUGAAAGAAAGAUUUUUGAGUAGAAAUACAACCAUUCAGGUAACAACGUUACGAUCGAAAGAGAACCGAUCUGAAAUCUUGGUAGUCGGCAACACGCAUUUAUACUUUAAACCUGAUGCGGAUCAUAUACGUUUGUUGCAAGGAUAUUAUGCAAUUACAUACCUACACGAUGUCGCGAAAAGAAUACAAAAAGAAAAUCCCGAAUGUAACGUGAGCGUGAUAUUUUGCGGGGAUUUUAACAGUGUGCCGGAAUGCGGCAUUUAUCAAUUGAUAACGAAGAAUUACGUUUCAGAAACUUGCGAAGACUGGAAAAGUAAUACUGAGGAAACUGUAAAAAACAUAUCCUUAAGACAGGACCUUUGCAUGUCUAGCGCUUGCGGCGUGCCGGAAUAUACAAACUAUACGCCAGAAUUCUCUGCCUGUCUAGACUACAUAUUUUAUGAGAGAGACAAGUUCGAAGUAGAACAAGUGGUUCCGAUGCCCAGUAAGGAAGAACUUACUCUUCAUACAGGUUUGCCGUCCGUGGUGUUUCCCAGUGAUCAUAUAUCUUUAUGCGCUGAUUUAAAAUUGAAAGGAUAAUAAAUUGUGAAAAUUACUAAAUGAUAUCUCUAAAAUAUCUAUAGUAUAUAAUUAAACAUGUAAUCAUUAAAUCUGUCUACAUUCACAUAUGUGAGAAAAUAUACAAAAAAAAUGUUUGUAGUCAUCAUCAAGGUUUACAAAAGUGUUUAUAAAAUUUCUCUUCUCGCA